UAUGUAAUCUAUUUUUAGAAAUAUUAAAGAGUAAAAAGGAAGUUGGAACUACCAACAAGAAAACCAGCUCUAGGGCGGAGUACUCGAUGCUCUUCCUCGUUCUUCAAUCCACAUUUCUUCUUCUUCCUCUUCAUCAUUCUGUUUUUUAUUACAAUUUCAUCUCUUAAUCCUUCCAAUUCAUGAAUGUCAGUGUAGCCACCACCUUCCUAAUCUCUCCAGGUAACUUCCUCCACUCCCCACCAUUCUAGAUCUCACAAAUCUAUUUCAAUUUAUGAACAUGGAACUCCCUCUCUCCCGCUAUCAAAACUAUGUUUAUGAUCGCCUUCAAUGUUACUCCACUCCCUACUUCUCCCUGCGUUACUCAGAUUCCCACCUUUUUAUGAAAACUUCUUUUCUUUCUAAUCGAAGAAAAUGCCGUAAUUCAUUUUGUUGGGUUAAGUGUUCUUCGUUUGAACAAGGGCUACGCCCACGGCCUCAGCCUAAACCUUCGAAACUUGAUGUGGGUGUUCGUAAAGAAGCUCCUUUGAAGGAGACCCCUGUUAGGAAAUCCAGUGUUGGGAUCUGUAGUCAAAUAGAGAAGUUGGUUUUGUGUAAACAGUAUCGAGAUGCACUUGAGAUGUUUGAAAUUUUUGAACUUGAAGAUGGUUUUCACGUUGGUAACAGUACGUACGAUGCGUUGAUUAAUGCAUGUAUUGGGUUGAAGUCUAUAAGAGGAGUGAAGAGGUUGUUUAAUUACAUGGUUGAUAAUGGAUUUGAACCUGAUCAGUACAUGAGGAACAGGGUUCUACUUAUGCAUGUGAAAUGUGGUAUGAUGAUUGAUGCUUGUAGACUGUUCGACGAAAUGCCUGAGAGGAAUGCGGUUUCGUGGAGUACUAUAAUUUCCGGGUAUGUAGACUCUGGAAAUUAUGUUGAAGCGUUUAGAUUGUUCAUUUUGAUGUGGGAGGAGUCUUAUGGUUGUGGGCCUCGUACCCUUGCUACAAUGAUACGGGCAUCAGCUGGUUUGGAAAUUAUUUUUGUUGGUAGGCAAUUGCAUUCAUGUGCAAUAAAAGCAGGACUAGGACAGGACAUUUUUGUUUCCUGUGCGUUGAUUGAUAUGUACAGCAAGUGUGGAAGCCUUGAAGAUGCUCAUUGCGUUUUUGAUGAGAUGCCUGAUAAGACAAUAGUUGGAUGGAAUUCAAUUAUAGCUGGUUACGCACUCCAUGGCUACAGUGAAGAAGCUCUGGAUCUAUACCAUGAGAUGUGUCGCUCUGGUGUUAAGAUGGACCAUUUCACUUUUUCUAUAAUUAUAAGAAUAUGCUCGAGAUUGGCAUCGGUAGCACGUGCUAAGCAAGCACAUGCGAGUUUAGUUCGUAAUGGCUUUGGGUUAGAUGUAGUAGCUAAUACAGCCCUUGUGGAUUUCUAUAGCAAAUGGGGAAAAGUAGAUGAUGCUAGACAUGUUUUUGACAGGAUGUCUUGUAGAAACGUAAUAUCAUGGAAUGCCUUGAUUGCUGGAUAUGGGAAUCAUGGUCGUGGGGAGGAAGCCAUUGAUAUGUUUGAGAAGAUGCUUCGGGAAGGCAUGAUGCCAAACCAUGUGACAUUUCUUGCUGUUUUAUCUGCUUGUAGUAUUUCAGGUUUGUUUGAACGUGGAUGGGAAAUUUUUCAAUCAAUGACUAGAGAUCACAAAGUUAGACCACGUGCUAUGCAUUUUGCAUGCAUGAUUGAAUUGCUAGGUCGAGAAGGGCUGUUAGACGAAGCAUAUGCCCUUAUAAGGAAAGCUCCAUUUCAACCAACAGCAAAUAUGUGGGCUGCAUUGCUUAGAGCUUGUAGAGUUCAUGGAAACCUAGAACUUGGUAAGUUUGCUGCUGAAAAACUUUAUGGGAUGGAACCUGAGAAGCUUAGUAAUUAUAUUGUACUUUUAAACAUAUAUAACAGUUCUGGUAAGUUAAAGGAAGCAGCUGAUGUUGUUCAGACAUUAAAAAGAAAGGGCUUAAGAAUGCUUCCAGCAUGCAGUUGGAUAGAAGUUAACAACCAGCCGCAUGCAUUCCUAUCUGGGGAUAAACACCAUGUCCAAUUAGAAAAAGUAGUGGGAAAAGUGGAUGAAUUAAUGUUGAAGAUCUCAAAGCUUGGUUAUGUACCUGAAGAACAGAACUUCAUGCUUCCAGAUGUUGAUGAACACGAAGAAAAGAUACGGAUGUACCACAGUGAGAAAUUAGCAAUAGCUUAUGGUCUUCUAAACACUUUAGAACGAACGCCAUUGCAGAUUGUGCAAAGCCAUCGCAUUUGCAGUGACUGCCAUUCUGUGAUUAAACUGAUUGCUAUGAUUACCAAACGUGAAAUUGUGAUCAGAGAUGCUAGCCGAUUUCAUCAUUUCAGAGAUGGGAAUUGUUCUUGUGGAGACUAUUGGUGAUGCUGGUUUUUGGCCUGUUCUAAUUAACGAUUUCGUCAAGCACAUGAACAGGUGGUCAGGAUCUAAUAAAGUCUCAAAGUUAUGUGUAAGUGGAGACUCAGAAUCACAAUCAGGAUUAAAAUCUUUCCCUGGUUUGAAGAGGAAAUUACCUGAGGACAUGCAAAUGGAUGACAUUGUGUCUCUGAGUGUUCCUAGAACUGGCGCCAUGGAGUUGAGUCCUGUUACGAGCGACAAGAAAAGUAGAUUUAUGCUUGCAGGCCAGUGAACUUGGAGAUAAACUUACCAUCAUGUACUGCAGAUGAGAACGUAACUAUGGUUGGACAUAAUAGUACAUUAGGUUCCAAAUCUCCAUGUGCUGUUGAAGGUUGUCUGUCAAAAGGUUUUGCUGGAGUUUUCCCUGACACAUUUGUUCAUAGGAUUGGACUGACCAAGAAAGGAAAGCGUCAAUUCACAUGAGCACAAGCGAUUUAUCCCUUGUGAUACGUUUACAGGUUGUAUGAUCUACAAUGUGGUUAUAUCUUCAUUUCUGCUGUGGUACAGCAUUAUUAAUUAGACAAGUUGAUGAUUUGGCAGCAAACUAGAACAAAGGAUUGAUUAUGUUUCUAUUGAGGGAAAGAGAAAUUAUUAGUCUGUUUCAAUUCAAAGAACGAAUAAGAGUGUACUGGUUUGUGCUUUCUUCAACCCUUCUUAUCGUUCUAUUUGGCUUUAAAUGAUAUGGUUCAAUCUGGAGAUUGUGUUAA